AUGUCUGUUGAAUCUCCUUCAAAUCUUCGCCCCCGCCGUGAACGAUCGCGGAAUGGAUGUCUAUGUUGUCGCCGACGCCGCAAGAAAUGCGAUGAACAGAAACCUGUUUGUGUUGGCUGUCAGCGUAACAAAAUCUCCUGUAUUUGGCCCCGUGAAUCAGAUGAUGAUCAUACCUCCGAGUCAUAUAAUGCAGACCGUGGAUAUCAACUUGAAGAGCAUGAUAUCUUGACGGGCAGCAUAGACAGUCGCAUAGAAGACUUUCUCGACAUAGUCCGAACAACGUGCGCACAACCUGGUUCUUGGAGGCAACUUGAAUCACAGAGCUCAUUUCAAGAGCCAGAACACCAAAAGCAGCACCAUGAUCAUAAUAAUACCCAAGCCUCGGAGAUAUCGAGGCCAAGCAUGCUUGCUUCCCCUUGGGCAACCAUGAUACUCCAAGAUGCAAAGUCAUUUUCUUUUGUGAUGAGCUCUUUGCGCGCCCAUUCAUCUCUGCACAAAUUUCAUUGCAAUCACCAAGAAUCACGUCGACUUGUUGAGAUAGCAUGUGAAAGCCGUGCAGCUGCAAUUAAUGAUUUCCGGUCUACGGUAUCUGAAAUUACUGCUCCAAAUGCAUCAGGAACUCUCACCUUCUCCGCUAUCCAAGUUAUCCUCUGUCUAGAGUUUCCCAUUGCCCUUGAGCGACACAAUCUUAUAAACAUAGUCGAUGGUGCAUACGAGCUUAUAGUUGCCAUACGCGGAUUCUUUCAUCUUCAACCCCUUACGAAUCCGUAUAUCACCGAUUCAUUUCGCAGUGCCUGGAUGCGCAGCCCAUGUAUCAAACCAUCCUCGCCUCCUCAAAAACCGGAAUUUCUUCGAAAUCUAUCAUAUCUGUCCUUUGCUAUCCAUCGAUUGACUUUUCCUUCGCUAGAAGAGAAGGAGUUUUGCUUAAAUGCGCUAGCACAGUUGUAUACUUUCUUCGCCCAGGUGUCGACGACUCCUCUGGAUUGGACUGCUUUACUUACAUGGCCAAUUCUCCUUCCAAUGGGUUUCACCGAUUUAAUUCAUACCAAACGUCCAAUGGCUCUAGUCAUACUAGCACACUGGUUUGUGCUUGUAUUCCAGAACUCCUCUCAUUGGCUUCUUCAUGCAUGGACAGAACGAAUUGUCAGUGGAGUUUCAAACUUCAUUUCUCCUGAAUGGCAGUCUGUAUUGAAAGAUUUGUGCAAUGGUAAUCUUUCAGAUCCUCUGGAUUUUGGAACAGAUGCCACAAUAGUUGGUCAGGCAAUUGAUUUGAAUAGCACACGGAGCCUUCAAGUUCCUCCUCUCUCCAUAAACCCUUUGCUUGAAGAAUUUUUGCUCCUUGAGCUUGAUAAAGUUACAAUUGAAUGA